AUGCACCUCUUGACAACACCCCUCCUCUACCGACUGCUAUCCUACAAUGCCAGUCCCCAACGCACAAGAGUGGUAGGGCUGGCCCUUUCAGUACUCUUUACAACUGUCAUGGUCACGCAUGUCGUCCUCGACGAGUUCCUUCUACAUGCCGUGUCCUUCGGCUUCGGUGUCUUGAUAAUAGCUCGUCGUUGUCUCCAGAUAAUUUCUCAACGAAAUCUUGAUCUCGACACGAAGCGCGAUCUCCGAAACAUCUCCAUUGCUGGCAUAAGCUUUUUCAUCUUUGGGUAUGUCGUCUGGCUGAUCGAUGACUGGGCCUGUCGUUACUUGACAGACAUUCGACAUACCGUCGGUCUACCGUUUGCAUUCCUGUUCGAACUGCAUGGAUGGUGGCACUUCUUUACAGCCAUUGGAGGCUACAUUGCUGUCGUUGUCGUUGACGCUAUUACUUCAAACGAAAAAGUCGAGAACCCUAUUUCCAGACUCGCUUGGCCUGUACCAUUGGUAGCUCGACUCAUGGCCAACUCUGCAGCAACGAAGCCAGUAUAG